CUCUUAGCACACCUUCUAUUCUCAUGGAAAGAAAGAUGGAAACUAAAUCUAUUAGCCUAUUUUCAAACUGCUUGCAGCUUCUCACAUCUCUUCUUCUUGCUUCUCUUCUAUUUGCAUCUAACGUCCACAACUCCUCGGCAGCAGCCACCACAACCACCAAAACUUCUAAAACCACAUACAUUAAAUACCUAAAAACGGCUUGCAAUACCACCACACGCCCAAAACUCUGCUACAACUCUCUUUCUCCCUACAUUUCUACUAUCGAAACCAAUGACCUCAAGCUUUGUGAAACCGCAUUGACCAUAACCCUGGAAGUUGCCAAGAAAACUUAUGCUCUGGUCAAAAACCUGUCAAGGCAGAAGAGAUUGAGCAAGCUUGAAGUUGGCAUUAUUCAAGAUUGCAAGGAGGAGAUUGGAGACAGCAUUAACGAGCUCAAGAAUGCAUUGCAAGUUUUGGACAGCCUAAAAGGGAGUAAUAAAAAUGUGGAACUUCAUAUUGCUGACAUAAAAACAUGGGUUAGUGCAGCGAUUACCGAUGAAAGUAGCUGCGCGGAUGAAUUCGACAACCUGAAGGUAAGUACUGCAUUGACGAACAAGAUCAGGAAGAGUAUAUCCGAGUUUGAUGGGCUCACUAGCAAUGCUCUGGCACUCAUUAACAAACUUAAUCAGUGACUUGUUCUAUAUAUUCUUCUCCUUUAUUAUCCUUUUGUAUGCAUAUGCAUGUCAUAUUGAGAAUUUUAAUAACUUCGCAAAAUAAUAGUAAUUAAUGUAAGAGUUAUGGUACUUUAUUUUAAUAAUAAAAGUAACAAUUAACAAUAAUUAAUUUUAUUGGUAAAUGUAAUAAGAUAUAAUACAGUAUUUUAUUAAUUUAAUUAUAAAAAUAAGAAAAAGAAAAAGAAUGAGGACAAAAGUAUAAUUUUUUAAAUUUAAAAGACAUGCUAUUGCAAAUAAUAAGAAUUUUUUGCUGAGAUAAAAUUAAUAUUAAGGAAUGAAGAUGAAAUUAGUCUUGGACAAAUGAAGAUGAAAUAAAUAAUUAUUUUUGGUGGAGAAU